AUGUCGCGCCUUCUUUACAUGCGACAUCUACGCGUAGAUCGCCUUCGGGCCCUGUCUACGCGUAAUGUGCGUGGCUUCGCGUCUUCGUCCGCUGGCCUACAGUUCGAGUGGGAGGACCCUCUUGCGUCCAAGAGCCUCCUGACAAGCGACGAGUUGGUCAUCUCCGAGACAGCAGAGCGUUACUGCCAAGAACGACUCCUGCCACGCGUGUUGCAGGCGUACCGCGACGAGCACUAUGAUCCCAGUAUCCUCCGCGAGAUGGGCGAGCUAGGCCUUCUUGGUGCCACUAUUAGCGGUUACGACUGUGCUGGUGUCUCGACCGUUGCAGGAGGACUGAUUACCCGCGCGGUUGAGCGCGUCGACAGCGGGUACCGGAGUGGAAUGUCGGUGCAGUCGUCGCUCGUCAUGGGCGGCAUCAACGACUUUGGUACAGCCGAGUUGAAGGAGCGCUACCUCCCGGAUAUGGCCAAGGGAAAGCUACUUGGUGCCUUUGGGCUUACCGAGCCAGACCAUGGCAGCGAUCCCGGGUCGAUGGAGACAACUGCACGGCCGCACCCCCGAAAGCAAGGCUCCUUUCUUCUUAGCGGAGCGAAGACCUGGAUCACCAACUCUCCCAUUGCGGACGUGCUGCUUGUAUGGGCCAAGCUUCAAGAGACUGGCAAGAUACGCGGGUUCUUGGUAGACCGGAGAGACUGCCCACCUGGCACGUUAGAAACGCCUGCGAUCAAGAACAAGAACGGCUUGAGGGCCUCGAUUACAGGCAUGAUCCAGCUGGAUGACUGCCUUCGUGGUCCCUUCACAUGCCUGAAUAGCGCAAGGUAUGGCAUUGCUUUUGGCACCAUGGGCGCCCUCGAGGACUGCAUUUCGAGGGCAAGAACAUACGCGCUCGAACGGAAGCAGUUUCAUGGCAACCCGAUCGCCAAGUAUCAGCUGGUCCAGAAGAAACUGGCCGACGCCGCCACAGACGCGGCGUAUGGUACUAUCGCCGCAAUCCAGGUUGGCCGCCUCAAGGAUCAAGGCAAGGCAACCCCCGAAAUUAUUAGCAUGAUAAAGCGUCAGAACUGCGAUAAAGCCCUCCAAAAUGCCCGCCUCUUGCAGGAGAUAUUUGGAGGAAACGCAGUGAGCGACGAGUACGGGAUCGGUCGGCAUGUGGCAAAUCUCUUUGUCACCCAGACUUAUGAGGGGCAAAGUGACAUUCACAGCCUUAUAAUCGGAAGGGCAAUCACUGGUUUGCAAGCUUUUGUCGAUCCUCCCUCAUCAUGCUCGGCCGGGCCGAUAGGCGAAGACCUGUUCCACUGGCAAGCCACGAUUAUGGGCCCGAGUGAUUCACCAUACUCCUCUGGCGUAUUUUUCCUUGCCAUCACAUUCCCAACCGACUACCCGUUCAAGCCACCCAAGAUCAACUUCACCACCCGUAUCUACCACCCCAACAUCAAUGCCAACGGCAGCAUCUGCCUGGACAUUUUGCGAGACCAGUGGAGCCCAGCAUUGACCAUCUCCAAGGUGCUGCUCUCCAUCUGCUCGAUGCUGACGGACCCGAACCCGGAUGACCCUCUCGUGCCUGAGAUUGCCCAUGUGUACAAGACAGACCGCGCAAAGUACGAGGCGACAGCGCGCGAGUGGACCCGGAAGUAUGCUAUUUAG